AUGGCGCUCAUCGAGACCUCCCUGAUAUGGGUCACCUACGCCAUAUGCCUGGCCAUCCUCUUCCUCAUUGCUGGCAUUUUCGUCUUCAUCUACCAGAAGCCGUCGGAACGGUCAAUUGUAGUGACGACAGUGUGCUUCAUAACCGUCUUCUCUCUCCUGGCCACCGUCCUGCUGCUGCCAGUCGACGUCGCCCUUACCUCCUCCACCACCGAUCGCAAGCUAGGCAGAAAGAAGGACUGGGCGACGCCGGAUAAGGUGGACCGCAUUUUGCUCGAUCUCAAGAUCAUCUACUAUCUCUUGUACAGCCUGGACGCAGUCUUGUGCUUGUUGGUUGUACCAUUUACAUACUUCUGGUGCGAAGAGUAUGACGAAGUUGCGGCAGAAGAAGGGACGCAGACGGUCGGACAGCGUCUGUGGGGAGCAUUCAAGUAUACUAUUGCUUUCCUUCUGCUGGUCGUCAUCUUGUUCCUGGUUGGGUUCUUCGUGCCAGUGGCCAGGAAGGCAAAGCAUGAGGACAAGCACUUUGGCUACUUCAAGGAUCUCGUUACGCAGAACCACGGCGAGCGCGCCCUGACCUUUGCCAUUGGCGUACUGAUCCUGAUCGGGACCCUGGUCUACUGUCUCUACACUGCCCCAGGCCUUGCUCUUCUGCCAGUCAGCUUGAUCAAAACCGCCCCACGCAUCUCAACGCCUCAACUUGCCGCAUCCACCUCUAGCCAAUUGGCCCAGAACCGCGAACGCCAACGUCAACUUGAAGGCCGCAACGCUGGCCGCACGGAUGGCCUCGAUCCACGAGACCGCCGCGAGCUCGAGUCCCUAGUCCGCGAAGAACGCACGCUAGUCCGCCGCGAACGCCUGCAAUCCGAAAACAGUGGCGAGGAGUCCAACUUCCUGGUCAAAGUCUGGCACAAGCUCGAAGCCAUCUUCCGACCCCUGAAACUCCUCGGCGGCCUCCUCCUGCUCGUCAUUGUCCUCAUCGUCUUUGCCUCUAUGCUCAUCACCUGCAUCGACAAGAUCAUGAACUCGGCCUGCGGCGCCCACUGCGGCUUCCUGCUCGGCAAGACCCAGAUCUUCAAUCCGAUCAACUGGCUCCUCAUCCUCACCUCCAAGAUCUUCCCCAUCGACUACAUCAUCUUCCUCUUUCUCGUCCUACUCUACUUCUCCGCCUCCGUGCUCGGAAUCGCCAGCAUCGGCAUCCGCUUCCUCUGGAUCACGCUGUUCAAGAUCCGUCGCGGGCACACGACGCCCAAUGCCAUGCUCAUGGCCACCGUCCUCCUGACGCUCAUGGUGCUUGCGCUGAACUACAGCCUAACCCUCAUCGUGGCACCACAUUACGCAACCUGGGGCCCGCAGACCUAUUGCGACCGGCCCUACCGCAACCCCGAUGACCAGCCGGACUGCAGCAAACACCACAAAGCCGUCCGGCCCUGCUCUGAGCGGUCGGACAACCUUGUGGCGAAUCAAGUCUGCACGCCUUCCGUCGUGUCCACGUUCUUGAACCGGAUCACGGUCAACUUUCCUUUCCUGGGCAUAGUGGACUUCUGGGCGCAGUUCGCUUUCCUCGGGAUCUUCUUGAUCGUCUUUGUGGUGAUGUUGUUCCGCGUGCCGAGGCUGGAUGAGGAGCAGUUGGAUGAGGACUUGAGGGAGGCGGAGGAGGAGGGGUUGUUGGCGAGUACUGGGAGAAGAUUCGGAGCAACGUGGCAGGACAUCACUGGCAAGGCGAAGGGUGUGAAGAGGAGUGACUAUGGUGCUACAAGCCAAGGGGAGGGAUUGCAGCAGGAUGGUGGGGAGCAGGGAGGUGCGAGAAGGGAUUCCGACUAUUGA